AUGAUUAGAGGGGAUGAUGAGACGAAAUUCGCCGGAAAUACUGCUCUUCCUCAGGAAGUAUUGGAACUUGACACUCCAGUGGAAUAUUUCCAGUAUUUCUUCACUAAAGACAUAGUGCAGUACAUAGUCCAACAAUCCAAUCUGUAUUCGAUACAGUGCCGACACAAUAAAUAUGUAAAUGUUAGUGCUGGAGAAAUUGAACAAUUUAUUGGUACUGCCUUGUUUAUGUCAGUCAUUCAACUCCCAGCAACAAGACAUUAUUGGUGCAAAUAUCUUGGCCACCCUGUUGUGAGUGACAUAAUUAGUUGUAAUCGAUGGGAAGAAAUAAAGCAUUUCAUACACUUCUGUGAUAACAGUAAUCUAGUUCCCGCUGGUGAACCCAACCAUGGCGAACUUUUCAAAAUUCGCCCACUGCUAGACCAACUGCGUGAAAGACUCUUGAGAGUACCAAAAGAGGAAUUCUUAGCUGUGGAUGAACAGAUUAUUCCAACAAAAUGCAGAUCUUCACUAAAGCAAUACAACCCCAGUAAACCACACAAAUGGGGCUUCAAAGCUUUUGUCCUCAGUGGAGUGUCAGGCUUCAGCUAUGAUUAUGAAAGUUUUGCUGGAGCUCAGAGUAAUAUCAUAAUACCUGGUGCUAUGGAUCUAGGAGCUAGCAGCAAUGUUGUUGUGCGUCUUACACAAACAGUCCCACGACAUGUGAAUCACAAGUUAUUUUUUGAUAACUGGUUCACUAGUGUACCCUUGGAAGUGUAUUUGCACAAGGAAGGUAUACAAUCACUAGGGACAGUCCGGUCCAAUCGAGUACGUGGUUGCAUUUUACCUAAGGAGGCAGCAAUGAAGAAGAAUGGUCAAGGCAGCAUGGAGGAAAAGAUAGCAACAGUAGAUGGUGUGCAACUGUCAGUAGUGUCCUGGUUUGAUAAUAAAGUAGUCAACACUUUGUCAACUUACGUUGGAUGCAAACCAGAAGGCGAGAUCAAGAGGCUUUUCAGGAAGGAGAAAGAACACAAAAUGGUACCUUGUCCACACUCUGUGAUGAUCUACAAUGACUACAUUGGGGGUGUCGAUCUAUUAGAUUCUAUGCUAGGAUAUUACAGAAUUCAAAUCAGAUCAAAGAAAUGGUACUUGAACAUAUUCUUUCAUCUAGUUGACUUGGCUUGUGUGAACAGCUGGCUGUUAUGGAGAAGAAGAAAUAUGGACUACAUGCCCCUUGUUGAUUUCAAGGUCGCAGUUGCAGAGGCCCUAUGUAAAACUGGGAAGUCCUUAUCCAAGAAACGUGGUAGGCCAAGCAAUGAACUACAAAAACAGCUUGACUGCAACAAGAAGAGGGGCCCUACAGCAGAUCUUCCACAGCGUCAGGUGCGACUGGAUGGGAUAGAUCACAUGCCUAUCGGCUGGAAAACCGUGGUCGUUGCAAGUAUCCAGAAUGCAAGGGAAAAUCCUAUAUAG